AUGAGCAGUCGAUCAAACACAAAUUACCACACGUCGACAAGUCGAAUCAGACGAUCCACAAGCAUACUACGAAAUGAUGCCAAAGGCAUUGAAUCAACUGAUCGAGAUGUGCAUUUUAAGGUCUUACUGCACCUAUUACGAGCAUUGGAACCUGCCACGAGACUGUUUGCAUUCAAGAGCUUUGCUCUAAUAUCUGCGUCAACUAUUGUCUCGUCUUGUGAUAUGGUAUGGACCAUCGAGUUGGUCAAGAGUUUACAUCAUGCAACUGUUGCCGAAGAAAGUAUGAUGUUACGAUGUGCUGCAGCACAAGCAUUAUCGAAUAUGGUUGCAGUCAUGCUUCAGCCUGGGUUCCCAUACUAUCAUUUGGACGCAUCAUUUCAUGCCGUACUAGAUCUAUUCCUGUCUCUCUUCCCAUCAGAGUUGGGACCACUAUUAUCCGUCGAAUCAACACCAUUCGACACAUCCCAUUAUACACCUCCUCAUAUAUUCAUGCCACGAUUAUCUGUAUUACAGUCCCUAGCUGCAUUUUGGAAGACCGAACCAGCUCAAAGUGUUGAGUUUAUUAGUUACAUGGACGCAUUCACGUCCUCUGUAUUAUCCAGUACGAGCACAACACAUCCAUAUUUACAGGCUGCUGUAUUACGAGUGGUCAAUCAGCAACUGCCACAAACUAAUCGUAAUCGAAUCCGUGUUGACAAGUUUAUUGCCAAACCUCUGUUUACUAUGCUAGAGUCAUAUCUAGAGGAUAAACGGAAGGUUUCAUCAUCACAGGCCAAUAGUAAUGCAGAAUUAGACAGGUCUGCAGUAAAAUCAACAGCACACUUAUCAUCAUCGCGCACACAAUCAGUCAGCGUAGAUGCAAAAACCGGUCGUGACAUACAUCCACUGUUAUUACACGAACUAGGACGCUAUUGGGCUAGAUGGUAUUCACGACCUUCUGAUUCCAUAUUGGUGAAUAUUGAUCAGUCGCCUGAAGAGAUGGCUAGGCUGGGAUUCGGAUUUAGUAUUAAACGAUGGCAGUAUUUGAAAAGUCUUGGGGUCUUUGAGCAGACUUUUUAUAAUGAAUCUGAUGAAGGGAAGGCUGUUGUGAGGAAGGUGAAGGCUCGAGGGCCGUAUUAUCCUGAUGAUGUGCCAGAUUUGCGGAGUCUUAAAUUGGGUAUACAUGGGUCAUGUCUGGUGGUGAGGUCGAGGAAGAGUCGAAAGACAGGGCCAUCUUCUUCAGGAAUGGAAACAUUGGAACUCACUCUAGAUUCCAAAUCAAGUGUCGAAGUACCAGAUCCAGCAGCUGUAUGCUUCAAUGUUGAUCAAACAUCUGUGACACUACUCCGAAACAGUCGAGAAGUCUUUCUACAUAAUCGAUCAUUAACCAAGGACGUUGAAUUCACACUACAGGCUGUGCCUCAACACCUAUUUAAAGCCACACCCAUGUUUGGAUUGAUACCCAGGGGAGAAUCAUUCCUCAUAUCUGUAGAAUUUUGUCCUAGACCUGAUCGUCUGGCACGGAACCUUGAUGUGCACGGAUUUUUGAGAGUAAGGAAUAGCGAUGGGUUUGCAAUGGAUAGAUUGAGUCUGAGAGGAUUUAAUGCACCUGUCAUAAAAACGUGGCCUCCUCAGCUUGACUUUGGGUGUUGUCCCAAGGGUGAAGUCCGCACCCUCCCACUAUGCUUACAAAACGUAUUACCAGUUGAAACCACCAUCAUUCUCGUAAUCGCACCAUCAUCCUCCAGUGAAGCCUUCACUGUAGUUCAAAGUCAAUUUGCACUACAACCACGGGAACGACGUGUAAUUCAAGUGAAAUUAACGUCUUCCUCGGAUAAUACCAUCAAGGAUCGUUUAAUAGUAGUAGCAAUGGGUGGUGAAUUACACGAGAUUGUACUAUUGGCUGAUGGACGAGAUGCAUUACGUGUCCUCGAAACCGAAAUUGAUUUUGGCCCGACUGAUAUAUAUUAUGGUGCUGCCAAGAAACGAAUCACGCUGCAAAACAGGGAUUUAGCUCGUCCAUUACAUGUACUUGUUGAAUCAAGUACGAAUGAGCUGGUAUUAAAUCACGGUCACACUAUAGUUGUGCCUCCUGGUGGCGAAGAACGUGUCGUAGCUGAAUUUUUGUCUUGUAUGUCUGGACAACGACAAGAGACGUUAACGUUACGUGUGCCUAGCUCUGCUCCCAUAAAUCUAGAAGUAGUCGCCUUCUCUGGACCAGCACUCUUAAUACCGAUAUUUGAGACGGUCUGUAUGCCGAUAACACUAGUAGAUAGGCCUACCGUAGUCGCCAUACCAUUAAUCAAUCUGUCCGCAUGGACAAUCCAAUGCCAAGUAGUUGCACCCAAUGCAUCACCAUUUAAAUUCGAUGUAGUGGAUCGUAAUCCUGGAGUCAGUUUCCAAGCCCUUGAUGGACAAGCCGUUGGUGCAUUCGUAACGUUAGCUCCAAGAGCGGGUUUCCUCUUACAGGUUACAUUCACUCCAUCGUCACCAGGAACGUAUAGAUAUGCAAUGAAUACGCAAAUGAUGAAACCGAGGAAAUGGCAAUCUUAUACGCAUCAGUUUGUGGGUGUUGCUGUGACUCCAGAUUAUAUUUCACGAGCAAAACCAUUACAGGGACUGCGACGAUAUUUAGAUGCCCCACUUGUUGAAACACCUGCAACAGCUAGUAACAUGUCUGGCACUAGUUAUGCUCCCACGGCCGAUGGUGAUUUACUACCUACAUCAGUAAUAUUUGAAGUUGAUCCACCGAUACAGUCCGUCAUUGCUUCAACCCGAACUAAUACUUUUGAGGACACGUAUCAGUUUGUGUCUAUAACAAACCUCACGUCGUCGUCACAAGCAUAUCAUCUGGUUUUGUCAUAUCCGUUUAUGACGGAUGUACCUUUGGAUGGUAUAUUAGAAGCAGCAGUAACCGCUGAAAUUCCAAUACGUAUACACGAACGAUUCGAACGUGAAACCAACCCAGAGACUCGUCAUUAUACCAUAUUUGGAACACUAGCAAUAUUCGAUGACAAUUUUCAUGGUCCUGGAAUGGUGUCUGUAGGUCUUCAAGGUGUAUUUGGCGACCUCUUGAAAAUGGAGUUACGUGAAGGUGCCGAAACUAUAAAGUUCCCCAAUUCCAAACCCAUGCAUAAAGCCAUACGUAAACUGAUUAUUCGUAACAAGGCGAACUUUGAAGUCGCUUGGGAAGCUCGUGUUACUGCCAUAGGUCAAAAGGGUAUUGGGUUAGCUGCUGAUGGGUUUCCUUUGAUUGUGCCGUCUUCUAUGGGAUCUGAAUGGUGUCCCUUUGGAUUGUCAAGUGCUAGGGUUACGCUGAAGCCGUUUGAAUGUACAUCUGUUGAUGUGUAUAUUCAGUCUUCCACCUCGUCUGAUCAUCGAGCACGGAUCUUUCCAGAGUAUAUUGAUCCUGUUGCUCAUGUUGUGAAUGGUGACACUCAGCGAGGAAAGACUCGUCGAUCCCUGGCACCUUUUACAGUCGAAUGCACAGUCGGUGCACCAGAAUUAGCAACCUCCCCCGACUCAUUUGAUUUCGGAGAUGUGGUUGUUGGUCGCCAAGCCGUCAGAACUUUGGCGGUACUAAAUACUCAGCCAUUUGAGAUAACAGCUACUUUAAUAAUUCCACAUCCCUUCCAUGCUUCUCAAAUGACUGUAGUCGUGCCUAGAAACUCUCGGGCCGAGGUGUCUAUAAUAUUUGAGCCUACCAAAGCUGGACAGUAUUGUCUCGUCAUUCAUGUCAUGUCGAGCCAUGCCAGUCGAAGUAUACCCGUAAUGGCUAGAAGCGGUAUCUCAUCAUUGAACUGUGAUUUGGUUGUAAUGCAGGCUCUGCCUUCUCCAAUACCAGCUCCGUCAAUAACCUCACAUUUAGGACAAUUUCCAUCGAAUGUGUCGAUUCCUCGAGGGCCACCUAUCUUUGGAACACCGCUAUCACAUCAGGAUGCACCAUCCCAAGCUGGAUUGCAUGCAUCCCGUACUUCUCACUUUCAUUUAGCGCCGCAAUCAUCACAUGUAGGUGGAAUCGCAGCUAGCCGUCGUGGAUCUAUGAUGCUUCAUGGAUCUCAGAACGAAGAAUUGCAAACGACAUUUGUACCAGUCCCGAUAAUUGAUACUGUUGUCAAGGAUGAAAAGUCAAUAUUAGAUUUGGGUAUAGUCGAGUUAGGCAGCACGAUUACCAAAACCUUGACAUUCCGAAAUAAUGGCAAUUUCGAUUACCAGAUCAAAGAGAUUCGAGUUACCGCUGAUUCGGCUAUAACAUGGAAGAUCAUAAAUGAUGAUCUUGAAGACUCGACGAUUUUGACUCUCCCGUCGAAAGAUGUUGUAAAAUUUGGUGAGGAGCCAAUGGAUGCCAUGGAAAUUGAUUGGGAUGAAGCUGAAUACCGUGCUCAUCAACAGCAACGACAAGCUGCUUUGGACGCUAAGGGGGCAACUCAAUCUACGGAUCCAAAGAAUCUGAGACGUCGUGUUGGUGGUAAACUGAAAAUGCCGGCAAUAGCGGCAAGUAGUGCUAUGUCGGCUGCUGCCGCUGCUAUUGCAACAGUCGCUCCCCAUGCCAAUGGGUUACCGUUGAGGUUGGCCCCUUCGCAGUAUGUCAUGUGUAUAUUUACUUUCAGUUCCUCUCACUUGGGAAAUGUGACGAAUCAUGUUCAAGUCGAGGUUGAACGUAUUGGAUCGAUUGAAGUUGAUUCGUACGCUUUUUGGAUGAGUGCAAUGGUUCAACCGCCACUCAAAGUACGAGAUAAACGUGUCGAGUUUGGAAUAAGACAUGUUCAUGAUGUCCAUAAAACACAUUUGCUAUUCUCAAAUACUGGUGACUUGCCAGUAUCAUGGGAUCUGAGCAUGGAUCAAAUCGAGCAUGUAGCACUGACAAAAUACGAAACUCAGCACAUGUCAUCCAUGGAUUUAACAACCAUUCCAGCACCCUUCUCUGUAUUCCCGAAUUCUGGAACUUUGCCUCCUAAAUGCACUCAAAGUGUUGAUGUGUAUUUCAAUCCCAGUGCUCCUCAACACGAAGUAUGGGGCCAUUAUACACUUCAUGCUGGUAACUUGACACCAUGCAAAAUCACCGUUCAUGGUGUUGGUGCUAGCAGCGUGUUUGUGGCAGACGCCAAUAUAAUUGAUUUCGAUAUAAUUCGAGUCGGGAUGACGAAAGCCAUGAAGGUUCGAAUCCGAAAUCGUGGGAUUCUACAAUCUCGCUUUUUCGUUGAAUGUAAUAAUGAUCGAUAUAUGGCUGAUCCUGAAGAGGGAACUCUUGAAGCAGAUGGAACUAUAGAAUUGAGUAUUAAAUUCACACCUAGAAACCCAAAAGAAGAACGAGCCUUCAUCAAGAUAUCUCCUAGAUCCGAUAUUGAGCAUCUGACUGAUGCUCUUAUAGUUGAGGUAGUAGGAACGGGCAGCUAUCCUGAGAUAUUUGUCUUGACACGAACAGUAGACUUUGCUGUCGCUCUAUUUGGACAAGCUAAUACUCGACCCAUCACUAUUGAGAAUCGAGGAUCGGCCGAAGCGUCAUUGACCUUCACAUGUCAUCACCGCGCAAUACAAUUGCGUGCUGAUGGUAGUGAGCCAAAUGAUGAAGUCAUCUUACCACCAAAGUCGAUUAGAGAUAUAGAUGUAGUGUAUACUCCCACUGCCGUCGAAACACUCAAUGCCAAAGUAUUUUUAAAAUCAUCUGAUAGUCGUGGUGAUUUCUUCAUGGUAGCCUUGAAGGGUACAGUCGGUAUCCCUCGUCUGACCUUUGAUCCACCAGAUGCACUGGAAAGUCUCGACUUUGGAGUCUGUCUCGUGCAUCGAACGUAUAAAAAGACUUUCAAGUUGCAUAAUAUCGGUAAUAUCAACUUGUCGUGUACUGUGGGUAUAGAAUCCAAGACCCCCAUACCGGAAUCGGAUCGAGAUGUCAUUCAAGUCGAAUUAUCAUCUGGUGUUGUCGCUGUUGGGGCCACUGUGGAUGUCAUCAUAACAUUUAAACCCACUCGGGUUGCUGAUUAUACACAGUCGUUACGAGUCAAUUAUGAUUUCCGAAGUAUACUGGUACCUGUAAAAGGAUGUGGUGGUAAAUCUAUGCUGCAUAUUGACUCGCCGUUACGAUCACUGGAUUUCGGGAUUUGUAGAUUACGAAGGGUGUUCCGUAAAAGCAUAACUGUCUCGAAUCGAGGAAAUCUGGCAGCCAUGUAUCAUGUUAGACCAGAACCAGCUGAUCGAGAUUGGAAACAAGUCGAAGCUUCAUUUGUCGACGAAGAAGCAGCUGCAGCUGUAGCAGGUUCCGCGCCAUCAUCAGAUGCUUGGGUUGAACAACUGGCUGCAGCAGGAUAUCGAGUUAUAAAUGCUGAUGUUCUUGCUUCUCCAUCCUCGAAAGUGGAUGUAGUUAUAGAAUUCCGGCCGUCUGCUCUAGCGCCGUACACUUCUAGGAUACGGGUUUACGUUCGUGAUCAAUACGAAGAGUUUGAUAUUCGAGGUCGCGGAGCUGAACCUCUUCUGCAAUUACUUGAUGCUGAUGGACUGGCUCUUGAAGAAUUUGAUUCUCUCAAGCCGUUAGAAUUAGGUGUACAUCCAGUCAAUGCUGAUUUUAUUAAGACCUUUCAACUCAAGAAUGAAGGACCAUUUCCAAUCGAUUACUUACUUCAGCCUAGUAGUAUACGAGAAUUUGAUAUACAUCCACAACGUGGUAUAAUUGCCGCUGAUUCUACAUCGCUGUUGCACCUGGUAUUUAGACCCACCACCGAAAACCGAUUCCGUGUAUAUGUAAAAGUAAUGUGGGAAAAAGAUCCUUUGAAGCUCAUUGUUACUGGACAAGGUGGUAUAGGUAAACUUGAAGUCAAUAUGCCGGAUGAGAAGGAUGCUCGCGCUGGAGGUCUGGACUUUGGAAUUGUACCGUUUGGAGUAACAGUUGAGAAACGAUUCUAUCUGCUCAAUGUUGGAUUGGUGCCUAAUUCCAUACAUGCCAAUGUGGAUAAUCGAGAUUUCGCUAUCGCGCAAAUGGCUGAACCAUUCCUUCACAGGAUGACCAGUGGUCAACCAUUAAAACCGCCCAUGAAUAAACGAUCAACUUGGAAUUGGGUUUCUGAGUUCAGAAUGAUCUUAGCGCCAGGUAUGGCUGUUGAAAUCGGUGCUCAAUUUGCUGCCAGAGCUGCAUCAGCCGUCACCGCCACAAUCCAAAUACAGUCUGAAAAUAGUAGUAAUAAUCCAGUAGUCGGAUUACGUGGCAAAGGCGGCACCAUAUCUAUAAGUCAUAUCGGAGAUUUGUCCUUUGGAGAAGUUGCCAGUUGUUAUACCUAUACUCGUAAAUUGACAAUCCAGAACGCAGGGUCGAUUGCAACACCGAUUACACUUGAUUGGGCUAUAGUAGGACAUUCAUCAGAAGCACGAGCUGCGUUUAUACCAUUAUCAGAGACUUUUAUAUCAUCUGACCCUCGAUCUGGAUGGGCUCGAAUACAGUAUCUGAAGGAUCGAGGAGUAUCGGCUGCCGAUGUGCCCAAAUAUAAAAUGUCAAGUGAUGAUCUUUGGGGUCUCAUUCGAAAAAUGGUCUGUAGGUUAGAAAAUCCAGAAACACUACGACCAUGGCAGUCUCGUCAGAGUGUUAGUACUCGUAGACAGAGUUUAUGGGGUAAUACCAUUAAUCGCAUCCAUAACUACCUUCAUGACGAUGAAGGCGAUACUUCCGAAACGCCAGCAAUAUUACGAUCAGUUGCAGAUGUAAAUGCUUUCUCGGACCAGAGACAAAUGUCUGAGAUACCACGAGGCAUGUCAAUUAUACAGCCAUUCGCGAUAUCUUCAGAAGAUCGAGAUAAUCCUGGAGCGGAUGAUGUCAAUAGUAGUCGUAUGAGUAUAAGUGGACGAACGGCAUCAGUUCCUAAGAAACGAAUUUUGAAGAGUCAAGCUGCAUUCGUCAGAAGGCGGCAAAUGUUUUUUCAUCUCAUCACAAAUCAACCCAUGUCUAGUCAAGUAUCGGCAGUAGUCAAACCAUAUAUAAAAGUAGAACCAGCCACCACAAUGCUGCCUAGCUUUGGAGAGGUGUCCAUAACUGUAGAAAUCAAUCUGGCAUCUGAAGAUAGUUUUAUGGCCACGUUAAAUAUUCGACCAGCUAUAGCUUCAUUUUUGCAUGAAAUUGCAUUGGCGGCUACACCACGUAGUGUACUCGUCCAUUGUAAUGACUCUAGCCCGCUCAACUUUUACCGUCAACCACUUGGACAACCUGAAAUCAUUAGUAGAACUUUUACCAAUGUGGGACAUAAAGCUUUCUCCUAUUUUAUACACAAUCCAGUUGCUAGCUUAUCAGUCAUGCCUACUCGUGGUGCUUUGAAAGCAGGCCAAUCUGUAAUAGUUGACUUCACUUUCAAGGCUGCUGAAGAAGCCAUGCAAACAGGGGAUGUUAUAUUUGAACCUGAUUGCUCUCAGCCUAUACGACUCAAGACCUCGGGAGGUGGUGGAGUCGCCAGAGCUUCCUUAUCCAAAUACCGUAGAUUUGAUUUUGGCCAUUGUAUGAUUGGUAAAAAUACGGUUUCGUAUUUGCCUAUUACUAAUGAGGGUAACGCCAUGCUACAUUUGACUCGGUUUGAGUUGUUUGAUAAUGAUACAUUCACGCGCGGAAAGGACUGGCCGACGACAAGAGUGUCGCUAUUCCCUGGCAAGACGUUUAAUUUAGCCGUUGUGUUUACACCGUCUGAAGACUCGCCACCACCUGGUCGCUUAAUAAUUGGGACGAUUAGUGAAAACUGGGAUGUCGAACUGGCCGGUCAAGGUCGUGAAGCUGUCCUUAUUAUAUCUAGGAUGUCACUCGAGUUUUCUGAAGCUCUAGUUGGCAAUUCGUACGAGCAGAAACUAGCUCUCAAGAAUGUAGGGGAGGUCAACUAUCCCGUCUCAUUCAAGCUCGAAAAGGAUUUCCCCGAUAUAGAAUUCAACCCACCAGCAUUUGUAUUGCAUCCAUUCUCGGAUAGUCACGUCGGUGUAGUUUAUACUCCUUCACGAGAGACUAGGCAGACUGUGACUAUGAUUGUUUCGUCACCAUAUUCUACUCAUAAAGUGCCACUCAGUUUGCACGCUGGAACCGUCAUGGUCGACUUUAGUUGUCGUGAACUUGAUUUUGGCAUGUUUGAAAAGACGACAUCACCAACCAUAAAUUUUUCACUUAAAAAUACUGGCAGUGUACGAACCUCAUAUAGUGUACGUGACGUAAUGAAACCGUCCAUGUUUCAUAUAACAGGUGGUAAAGGAAUGCUGGCACCAGGCAAAUCAGCAGAAGUGCAAGUCACUCAUACACGGCAUCAAGUUGGCCAAUUCGCUGAACGAUUGAUGGUCAAGACUGAUUUGAUUGAUAAACCCAACUAUCUCAAAGUCAGCGGACAGUGUGAAGAAGCUGUAUUAAAACCUGAAGAGUUUGCUGUGCUGAAUAUGGGUACGUGUCCAGUCUUGGAGACCACCGUUAAAAUAUUAUCGUUUACGAAUUAUGGUAAAUACCCCUUGGAAUAUACCAUCAAAACCGCCUACCCAUUAAAAGCCUCGCCUACUUCUGGAUAUGUGAUUGGAAACGAGACUGCAAAAGUCGCCGUAGCAUGGUGUCCAUCUGGUGGAUAUGAAUUACGAACACAAUUACAAAUCGAAACCAAUAUUGGAUCAUUUGGAGUCAGUGUACGUGGUAAAGCAGCAUUGCCAGAAUUAGUCUUGUCAACCACAUAUAUAGAUUUUGGGGUUGGUGCUGUUGGGACAGUGUAUCGAGAGACUCUUGAGAUCAGUAACAAGGGUAAAGUCGGAUUUACCUUUAAUAUUCCACCCAUUCGAGAUCCCGCAUAUUCUGUUUCUCUAAACAGUGCGGCUGUGAUACCAAAGAAGUCGAUUGUGCUGGACGUUGAAUUCAAACCUCAAGUUCCUGGUCGAGUUGGAAGUAGUUUUAUGGUGGAAUGUGCUGGUAUUAACUAUAAAGAAGUGGUACUGAUCGGUGUUGGAGGGUUGAUGAAGCUUGAUAUAUCACCCCCUAUCAUUAAUCUUGGUCGAUGCCCAUAUGACGAGGUUGUACAUCGAGAAAUCACAUUUACUAAUGUCGGUGAAGUGUCAUUAGCCAUACGCUCCAAGGGGACAUCCAUCGAUGUGUGUGAAGUGGCGUGCCCGGAAGUUGUGCUAGUUAAAGCUGGCAGUCGUGUUCGAACAGUUUAUGGAAUCACUUGCAAGACGGUUGGAAGCUUUCAGUCUGUUAUUCAGCUUCUUACAAAGGAAGGUAAAAUGGCCAUUCCCAUACAUGGUGUUGGUGUAAGAAUAUCCCUCUCCGAGCGUGCCAAGGAUGUGUUAGAGAAUGAGAGGCUGCUGACGGUCCAGAAACCUAGUCCUUUCGCCAUUGAGUUACCACUGCCAUCUGAGCUGGAAGGUUGGCUCAAGGCUGACAGUCGUCUGAUUCGGCUCGACCUUGCCAUUACAUCUCUGGUAUCUCAAGUCAUGCAACAGAACUUACUGCCGCCAUCAUCGUCGACCGAUAAAGAAGGUGUUGCGGCUGGCACAAAACCAGCAGAUCUUCCUCCUCCGGCAACAGCGACGUCGAAUGAAUCUUUAUCUAGCUCUGAGGACAGCGGCACAUCGGCAUCCAAUUCUAAAGAAUCUCUACAAGAUAUACAGUCGAAAGACUACCCCACAUCAGUGGCAAUUCGCAAAGAUAUUCAAGAGAUCUUGGUGCAGUUUGUCAAGAAGGAAUCGGAUUUAGAAGCUAGCGACAUGUCUAGAGUCAUACAGAAGUUUUGGCGUCUCAAAUCAGACGAGCAUCUCCAAAUAGAACCAGAUUUUGAAGAUUUUGCGGCUUACGAGCUGUCUCAAUAUCAGUACGUUGCCGAAGAAAUCGAUGCUAGUGAUAUCUUGAGGCCUGUUGAGCCACGAACCAUUAUAUCUCUUGAUCCAAUGUUGGUUCGACCACCACCGUUCUUGCAUGAUGAUACGGUGCUUGCUCGAGAAGGAGGCAAAUCCAAAAAGUAUUCUGAUCAAUUCAGUCCCCUGAAACGGUCGGAUAGAAAUGCAAAGACAGUAGACUUUUAUACCAAGUAG